ACAGGUGUGGAAACGAGGGAAUCUUGACCCAUUUGACAUAUAUCUGUAAGCAUUAUAAUUAUAGUGUAGUAAUAAAUUGAUAACCCUCUUUCUUGGUUGACUGGUAAGAGGAGCCUAAUUCCUAAACAACUCCCUUCCCUACUAGAGAAGCAUAAACUAAAACAAAAAAAUUUAAUAGUUGCUCAUGCAAGAAUUGAUGCAGAAUUCUUGAAAGUGAUAGAAUCCAAUAUAAUAGUAACUGAUACCUGCCAUUAUUCUUCCAAAUUUUGCCUCUACUGCUUUGUGGUUUAUGUAUGAUUUUGGCUCUCUGUUAUCACCAUAGCCUCUGGGCCUGCCAAUCUUUGGAACACCUAAAAGAGCCUCCUUUCUUGGAAGCGACCCCAGAAAGCGCGUAGAACACCAUGGUUCAAACGCUGGAGGCGAUCAAGGGUGGUGGAGGGUCCAUGAAGGUUGGAACCACAGGUACGAUUAGCGUGCUAAUGUCGAGAGAAUUAGAGUCUGUGAAGUCUGCUGCUAAGACACCAGCAUCAUCGUGCACAAAGAAGCCUCCUUCGAUUUGUUCUUUCGUUGCUGGUGCUGCUACGAGUCCUAAACGAACGAGACCCAAAUCGUCGCCAAAUGAAGCCAGCAGCAGCAGAACCAGAAACGGUAAAGGUCAUAAAAGCCCUGAAGUUGGGCGCAAAGCAAAGAACCACACCAGGAAAGCCCACGAAAUUCCUAUUCUAGAACCCGAAACUAGUUCUGUGGAUGAAACUCCCGUUACAACAAAACCUGUGAGAAGGGGACUUCGCAUAGUGGAAAUCGUGGACAUAAAAUGCGGGAGCACUGAUAAGCCACAGGCCAGCCCUCUCAAGAAUCCGCUUAAGAAGCUUAGCUUCUCGAAGCUAUCGGGAAGCCCUGUCUGAACCCGCAACCUUUUGGCACCAGAUAAUAGUUGUAUAGUUCAAGUUGUUUUGCCCAAAUUCGAGAAAAUGGCGUAACUAUGAAUCAUGGCUAUACAUUUUAACAUUGAAGAGAAAUCAGUUACAGAGGGCAGCUUAGUACAAAGAGAAACAGAAAGUUUACUACUUGAAAUAAAGCUCAACAAGCUUCUUCAGAGUGUCAAACACACUCGUAAAUGGGUUGAAUGCAACAGGGGCCUUCAACUCUAGCUCGGGAAAUUGGUUGUUUAGAGCUUGUUGCAUCCCGGCCAUGGACAUCAUUGCCGAAAGCUGACUAUUAGACAUGACCUCGCAAUCUUGUGGAGUAUCCUUGAUUUUGCUCGGAUCAUAUCCAAAAUCCGCUAAGUAAGCUUUGUACUUCUCAAUGAACUCGGGUCCUGGAUCAGGUGUCCUCGAAUAAAUCUGACAAACCACGUGUUUAUCAUUAACGAAUCAAAUGUAUGGCCAUUACACUGCACAUUUGUGUGGGAAAAAAAAACUAGGUAAAUUAGAUUCUACUAUUCCUGAA